AUGAUUGAGAGGGCUGUUGCAACUUAUCUAGCUCCGAUCAGGGCCGAGUUGAGGGGGCACCAUGAGAUGAUUGACUCUCAUAGAUUUGCACUAAAUUCCCUCAUCGUGAGAGUUGAGGUUUGUGAGCAGGGAGAGGGUGCCUCCGCGGAUGUGACGACCUUGAAGGCCGAUAUUGUUGGGAUGCGCCGAUAUGACGAUGAGCUUAAAUCCACCGAUCUUUCGAUGCUAUUUGGCACUAUAGACCUCCCUGAAGUUCCUAGCGCAGAUGUACUGGCCAUUUCUGAAAUUCCUCAGGCUACUACAACCGGAGAUGUUGCUAGGGAUGAUGUGACCGGAGAUGUUGCUAGGGAUGAUGUGGCCACUUAG